AUGAACAGCUACAACGAUGGCACAGAACCACCAAACCAGCCACAAGUAAAGAUUAACGGCAUUUACUAUCCAUUGUGUCCGACCAAUAAAGAUGGAGAUGCGCCAACACAACCAUUCAGCACUGAUGAUGAACAUGGUAAGGCUAUCGAUCUCAUAAUAUCAAUGAUGAAAAAGGGCAACGGUGAAAUACAAACUAUAAAGCAGCCAGAAGAAACAAUUAAAGAUGGAGAUGCAGCAGAACAAUCAUUCUGCAAUGAUGAUGAUCAGGGUAAUAAUGAAGUCAUAUUUGAACAUGACACAAGCGACGAUGAACACAUAUUCUCUGGUCAAGAUCAACAAGAUUGGGAAAAAGAAGUGGAAAUCGAAAUCAUAGAAGACGAGGAUGAUAACAACCCUGAUCCAGACACAACUGACAUACGAACGGCUGGUAUUUACACCUUUCGAGCUCAUGGUCAGAUCUAUCACAAUAUACACUCAUUUGCUAACAGUAGAUCAGAUCCAAAACAUCUGGAGCUAUACUUCUAUGACGAUGAUCCAAGCUUAGAACAUCGGUACCGCCGUUGCCGGAAGGAAACAUACGAGCAAGAUAAACACGUAGUCGGCGUGAUAACCGGCAUUCUACGUGACAACCCAUACUCUCAACAGUUUAGGAGUUUGGGGCAAGCCGAGAACCUUGAUGACUACAGGCUUAUCUUAAACCUUGACCACAGAUUGGACCAGAGAACAUACAACGCACCUAUCACUUCAGAGGUAGCUGCAGUGUGGGUCGAAGGAAGUGAAGGAGGAAAUAAUUUUGACAAGAAUGUAGUACUACAUGGGAACAAUAGUGAUAUACAGACCAUUAAAUCAUACUAUGGGUGUUAUGAUCCGCUAUCGUAUCCUCUAUUCUUUCCAAGAGGUGAACUGGGUUGGCAUCGAAAGAUAAAGAAGGAGCCAAAAAAAAAGGGAAAUGUGAGAAGGUCCGCUGCAGAAGAUAACGAUGGUGAUGAUGACGAUGACCCAGAUGCAACCAAUAGCCAGUGGGUAACCAUGAAAGAAUACUAUUGCUAUAAAUUGCAUACGCGACCAAACAUAUUCAACCCUAUAUUAUACGGCGGACGGCUGCUCCAACAGUUUGUUGUAGAUACAUACAUCAAAAUUGAGAGCUCCAGACUGGAAUACAUGUUUCAUCAUCAGAAAGAACUAAGGGCAGACCUAUACAAAGGACUUCUGGAUAGCAUUCAGGCAGGAGAACAAGACGGAAACGCGGUUGGGAAACGAACAAUCCUCGCGUCAUCAUUUAUCGGAGGUCCGCGAGAUAAACUACGCAGGAAUCUAGAUGCAAUGGCUUUAGUUAGAAAAUAUGGAAAGCCAGACAUAUUCCUCACAAUGACCUGCAACCCCAACUGGGAAGAAAUUACACGUGAGCUGGAGCGUGGGCAAACACCACAAGAUCGCCCAGAUAUCGUAGUCCGUGUUUUCAGGGCUAAACUAGAAGAGAUGAAGAAGCAACUAUUUGAGAAGAGCAUUCUUGGUAAGGUGAUGGCAUAUACCUAUGUUGUGGAGUUCCAAAAAAGAGGACUACCACAUGCUCACUUCCUGCUAAUCAUGACCGGAAAAUACAAGUACACGAGUCCAGAGCAAUAUGACAAAAUCAUCUCCGCGGAACUACCUAACAAGCACAAAUAUCCAGAGCUAUACAAAAUGGUCAUCAAGCAUAUGAUGCAUGGUCCUUGCGGUGCACUAAACAGAAACUGUCCAUGCACAAAGAAUCGCAAAACAUGCAAGAACAAUUAUCCGAAGCCAUUUAAUGAAAAUACAAUUCAAGGCAAGGACUCAUACCCAGUGUAUAGGAGACGCCAAGACGGCAGGACCGAAACUGUCCGUAAGUGCACGCUAGAUAACAGGUGGGUCGUCCCUUACAACCCCUACCUAUUGAGGAUGUUCAACUGCCACAUAAAUGUUGAGAUAUGCUCAAGCAUUAAAGCCGUUAAGUACCUGUACAAGUACAUUUACAAAGGACAUGACCGGGCAUCUAUAUCUGUGACUGAAAAAGAAAACGAAGCCGAUAUUGACGAGAUAAGACAGUACAGAGAUGCACGGUGGGUGACACCUCCAGAAGCACUCUGGAGAAUAUAUGGCUUCGAACUAAGCAAAAUGAACCCACCUGUUCUACAACUGCAGCUACAUCUCGAAAAUAUGCACAUGGUCUCAUAUAAUGCCAAAGAAGAUAUCGACAACGUUAUCAGCCGUGAUGGAACAGAUAGGUCAAUGUUGACAGCAUACUUUGAGGCAAACAACUUAAAUGAGGAAGCCCGAGGCAUUCUAUACAAGGACUUCCCAGAGCAUUAUACUUGGCAAAAAACAGGAAAAUUUUGGCAAAAGAGGAAACGGAAAAGUUUGCUACAGGUUGGCAGGAUCGUCGCAGCACAUCCGGCUGAAGGAGAACGAUACUAUCUCCGAGUACUCCUAAACAACGUGACAGGCGCCACAAGCUAUGAAGACCUAAAGACAGUCGAUGGAGAAGUAAUGCAAAACUUCCGUCAAGCUGCAGAAAAAAGAGGGCUCAUUGAGGCAGACAACACACUAGAUGACUGCAUGACAGAAGCGGAGUUGUUUCAGAUGCCAUCGUCCCUUCGAAGGCUAUUUGCGACAAUCUUGGUGUUUUGCGAAACCAACGACGUCCGUGGACUCUGGAACAAUCACCUCGAGGCAAUGUCUGAAGACUACAGCAGAAACUACAAAUGCAAGCACACGGUCCAACAGAUGGUACUCAAAAAUAUCAGAGACAUGCUGCAGUCAAUGGGGAAAGACAUCCGGUCGUUUCCUCUGCCUGAGAUCGACGAGCAGCAUGACACAACAGAUGACAUACCUAGGGAGAUGACCGAGGAGUCGUCUAUAGAGGUAAACCCCGAGGACAAAUCUUUACAUAAGAACCUAAACAAAGAGCAGAGGACGGCCUACGACGAAAUCCUAGCAACGAUGGACAGUCAAAAAGGAGGCAUAUUCUUCGUCGAUGGGCCAGGAGGCACAGGAAAAACAUUCCUUUACAGGGCUCUCCUAGCAACGGUACGCGAACAAGGAAAGAUUGCACUAGCAACGGCCACCUCCGGUGUUGCCGCUUCCAUAAUGCCUGGAGGGAGGACAGCACACUCAAGGUUCAAGAUUCCACUAAGAACAAACGAUGGAGCUAUUUGUGGAUUCACCAAACAAAGCGGGACAGCGAAGCUACUACAAGCGGCAUCGCUAAUAAUAUGGGACGAAGCAUCUAUGACUAAGAGGCACGCAGUUGAGGCGUUAGACAGAAGCAUGAGAGACAUAAUGGACAGACCAGAUCUACCAUUUGGUGGCAAAACGGUCGUAUUUGGAGGAGAUUUUAGACAAGUGCUCCCUGUUGUACGAAAGGGUACAAGAGCACAAAUAGUAGAUGCUUCACUAAGCAGGUCAGAGCUCUGGAAAUGCAUGAGACAAAUGAAGCUUGUGCGUAACAUGAGAGCUCAAAACGACCCGGGGUUCGCAGAAUACCUACUGCGUAUUGGAAAUGGAACCGAGGAGACAAAUGAGAACGGCGAAAUACUUCUACCUACAACUAUAUGUGUUCCAAAUAAAACAGAUGAUAAUGGCCUGGAUAGACUAAUCGAUGAUAUCUACAAGACGGAUGGCACCUCCCUAGAAGAUCCAACAUACAUCACGUCAAGAGCAAUUUUAGCAACAAGGAACGACAGCGUAGACAGAAUAAACAUAAAAAUGAUUGAACGAUUCCAAGGAGAGGAAAUGGUCUACCACAGUUUCGAUUCUGUGGAAGAAGACACAUAUGGCUACUAUCAACAAGAAUUCCUAAACAACCUUACCCCAAACGGACUGCCUCCCCAUUUGCUAAAGCUCAAGAUUAACUGUCCGAUCAUACUACUCAGGAACAUAGACCCCGCUAAUGGACUUUGCAAUGGCACAAGGUUGGUCGUGCGUGGAUUUCAGAAAAAUGCAAUCGAUGCAGAGAUUGUGCUAGGGCAGCAUUCUGGAAAUCGAGUUUUCUUGCCUCGAAUUCCAUUAUGCCCCUCUGAUGACGACAUGUUCCCGUUCCGUUUCAAAAGGAAACAAUUUCCAGUCAGACUAAGCUUCGCGAUGACAAUAAACAAAUCACAAGGACAGACAAUACCAAAUGUAGGCGUCUACCUACCUGAGCCGGUUUUCUCACAUGGUCAGCUAUAUGUCGCACUUUCUAGAGCAACCGCAACAGCAAACAUAAAGGUACUAACAGGUACGAUUGAUGAAGAGGAGGACAAGAAGAAGAAAGAUAACAAGAAGGAAAACAAGAAAAAGGACAGCAAAGAGACAAAAAAAAGAAAAAGGAAGAAAAAUGACAUCAGUACAAAUGAGACAUACACAAAGAAUAUUGUGUACAAAGAAGUACUCAAUAAAUAG